AUGGGCGCGGAGGCAGGGCAUCCGCAGCAGCAGCCUCCCUCCUCCCUCCGUCCCGGCAGGGAGGUUGCGGCGGCGGCGGCGCCGCCGCCCGCGGUGCUGGGGCUGCAGCUCUCGGCGCUGAUCGACCACGUCGCGCGCGUCGACUGGUCCCUCCUCGACCGCGUCCCUGGCGACCGCGGCGGCUCGCAGCAGGUGUCCAUUGAGGAGCUGAAUCAUAUUCUUGAUGAAGUGAAUGCCCACAUCCUUCCUUCCCGCAAUGAUCUCACUCCAAUAACUACAAUAGCUGGUGGAAGUGUUGCCAACACAAUCCGUGGGCUCUCAGCUGGUUUUGGCAUAUCAACUGGAAUAAUUGGAGCUUGUGGAGAUGACAACCAGGGCCUUUUGUUUUUCAACAAUAUGAGCUUUAGUGGUGUAGAUCUCACAAGAUUAAGGGCCAAAAAAGGGCACACUGCUCAGUGUGUGUGCUUGGUCGAUGCAAGUGGCAAUCGCACCAUGCGGCCAUGCCUAUCUACCGCAGUCAAGAUACAGGCCAAUGAAUUUAGAAAGGAGGAUUUCAAAGGCUCCAAGUGGCUUAUUGUGAGAUAUGCGCAACAGAACAUGGAACAAAUUAUUGAAGCUAUUAGGAUUGCGAAACAGGAAGGCCUUUCAGUAUCAUUAGAUUUGGCCAGUUUUGAGAUGGUUCGCGACUCUAGGUCUAAACUCAUUAACCUUUUGGAGACUGGUAACAUUGACCUUUGCUUCGCCAAUGAGGAUGAAGCUAGAGAGGGGCUGUGUCUGGGGAAUCAGAUCCAGAGGAGGCACUUGUAUUCUUGGGCAAGUCAGUAUUGCAAAUGGGCUGUGGUGACACUUUUGCUUUUAUUUGGCAAAGGGAUGCAUGGACUGGCAAAACGUUCGGCAAAACAGGUCGUUCAAGUGCCGGCAAUCGGGGAGAGCAACGCGGUGGACACAACUGGAGCGGGCGACCUGUUCGCGAGCGGCUUCCUGUACGGGCUGGUGAUGGGGCUGCCGCUGGAGGAGUGCUGCAAGGUUGGGGCGUGCAGCGGCGGGUCGGUGACGCGGGCGCUCGGCGGGGAGGUGCGGCCGGAGAACUGGCAGUGGAUGUACAAGCAGAUGCACGCCAGGGGCCUGCUGCUCCCCGAGCUCAAGAACUGA